AUGGAAGAGAUGAUGAAAAAGAUGAUUGGUGAUAUGCAGAAGAUGAUGAUGAUAGACCAGCAAAAGUUGAUAGCAGAUAAUCAGAAUCGCGAUUUGGCUGUGCAGAAUUUAGAGAGGCAGAUGGGACAGAUAGCUGGUGCACAAAAUACUAGACCACUUGGAGGACUUCCAAGUGAUACGGUUGUGAAUCCCAAGCCUUGUAAUGCUGUGACUCUUCGAAAUGGGAGAGAACUAGAGGAAGUGCCUCCGAAGAAAACCAGUCGAGUAGAAGCUGAAAAAGAGAAGAUUACCGAUGAGAUGAUUGAAGAAGAGAAGGUAGUCAAGAUACCAGUGACAAAGAAACCACAGCCCGUGGUUGCAAAGCCACCACCUCCAUUCCCUCAACAUCUGGCAAGGCCGAAAGAAGAGGCGACUUACAAGAAGUUUUUUGAUUUGCUUAAGCAGGUACACGUGAAUGUCCCAUUGGUUGAUAUGCUGCAGUGUAUUCCAAAGUAUGCUAAGUACAUCAAAGAUAUUGUUGCAAACAAAAGCCGAUUCACAGAGUAUGCCACUGUUGCACUUACUGAGGAGUGCACUUCGCGGAUUCAAAACAGGUUGCCCACUAAAUUGAAAGAUCCCGGAAGUUUCACGAUUGAGAUUUCUAUUGUGAAGCAGGUUGUUGCUCGAGCACUAUGUGAUCUUGGUUUGGGAGUGCCCAGACCAACCACUAUAGUUCUUCAGCUAGCGGACAUAUCGUUAGCAAGACCAGAAGGCAUUAUUGAAAAUGUACUAGUGCAAGUGGGGUCGUUGAUAAUUCCUGUACACUUCGUGAUUUUGGACUUCGAGCUAGACUCGGAAGUCACAUUUAUUUUGGGGCAUCCAUUCUUGGCCACAGUGAGAGCACUUAUUGAUGUAGCGGUCGGGCAGCUCACCAUGAGAGUACAUGAUAAAUUUGAGGUCUUCAAUGUAUACCAAGCUCCGAAGAUACCUGCAAUCUAUGAGGAGUUGUCCGCCAUUACUGUUCUGAAUGAUGAUACACGAAAGCCACUCAUCACUUCUCAUGAUCCAUUGGAGAGAGCCUUGGUAGGGGAUGAUAUGUUUGGUGACACGGCGGCGUUUGAGAUGGUGUAG